AUGACACACUUUUUUGUCUCUUUCUGGAAUGCUGUCUUGGCUGUAGUUGUGAUUGCAAACCUAUCAAGAUCGAGCCAAGCAUUCUCGAUACCUUCGAAUCAUCGUCAUUCCUCAAGAUCCAUUUCUUCAUCGCCCUUCAACAGUCGACACAAUCAAUGUUUGGUGCUAUAUUCGGAUCUUUCUCCCAGCGACGUGAGUGACAACGAUGACGACGACGUUGAUCCAUUAGGGAUUGCUGAGGAUGUCACAGUGUUAGCUUCGUCUUCUUCUUCUUCUUCUGGUGUCGGAUCAGAAACAACAGAUGAGAAGGACUUGACGAAAGAACAACGAGAAUCCCUGAAACAAGAUCUCCUGCAGCUAUGUGCUUCGUAUGACCGAGGGUAUGGGGCUUCUCCCUCGGCGCGUCGGCGAGUGGAUGACUUGGUGUCUCGGUUAAAAGCGCUGAAUCCUACCCCCAAAGAUGCGGCACGAGGCAUUGAUGGAGGCAGUACUACCGAAGUGCCUCUCAAGGGAAAUUGGAGAAUGGUCUGGACGACAGCGUUGGACGUUUUGAAUUUGGGAGCCAAUCCAAUCGCCGCGCCUGGGGCUAUUUAUCAAAAGAUUGAUCCACCAUUGGCGACUAACAUUAUUGAUUUCAUCCCGCGGAUUCAAACCUUGAUUCCAUCCAAUCUCUUGCCAUCCUCUUUGCUACGAGCCGAGGUGCAAACGAGGACCUCUUCCCGGGCCAAUUCUUCCAACCGAGUGGGUCUAGUCUUUGAAAGUGUCAAGUUGGAGCCAGUGGAAGUACUGGGAUUUGCCAAGCCUGACUUUUUGCCUCCGCUUUCCAUUCAGUUCCCACAACUGGAUCUUUCGGACUUGAACUUGCCAGGAGUCGAUCCAGAGAAUAGUCCAGGUUUCUUUGAUGUCGUCUAUCUCGAUGAGAAAAUGUUGAUCAUUCAACAGAAUGAGCCGGGUGGUUAUUUUGUAUCCGUCAAAGUCCCAAAUUGUGAUCCUUAA